UCCUUUCUCCUUCCGACGCGCCCUUUAUAUAUAGUGCCACAACCGGCUCGAGGCUUUCUUCGUUUCCAUCGGUUCUCUUUCAUGUUCUGUUGUUCGAUUUCCUAACAUUGUAGGGUUUCAGAUCUCUCUCUCUCUCUCUCUCUCUCUCUCUCUCUCUCUCUCUCUCUCUUUUUAAACAAUUUCUUAAAACCCUAAUUUUAAAGUCCCUAGCAAUGGUGCCGCCUAUGAAGCAACACAAGCUAGGGAAAGAACCAGAUGAAUUGGAAACACCGUCGAACAAUUUGUGGGUGGGGAACUUGUCGGGCGAGACGGUGGAUUCGGAUCUAAUGGAGUUGUUCAGCAAGUACGGCGCUCUCGAUAGCGUCACGACGUACUCUUUGAGAAGCUACGCUUUCGUGUUCUUUAAGCGCGUGGAGGAUGCGAAAGCGGCGAAGGACGCGCUUCAAGGAACGACCUUGCACGGAAACCAGAUCAAGAUUGAGUUCGCUCGACCGGCAAAACCUUGUAAGAAUCUAUGGGUUGGUGGAAUUAGCCAAACUGUUUCUAAGGAAGAAUUGGAAGAAGAAUUUUGCAAGUUUGGUAAAAUUGAAGAUUUCAAGUUCCUUAGAGAUCGUGAUACUGCAUUUGUUGAGUAUUGCAGAAUGGAAGAUGCUUCCCAGGCCAUGAGAAGCAUGAAUGGGAAGCGAAUAGGUGGUGAACAGAUACGUGUUGAUUUCUUAAGAUCCCACCCUUCAAGAAGAGAACAAUGGCCUAAUUCUCAUGACCUCAGAGAUGGGCCUCUUUCUAGUAGGAUGGGGCCUUCCGACGGCCAUUCUAUGGCAAAAAGACUGCAUCCUCAAUUAGGUGGCCGAAGAGGAGAUGGUCAGCCUAGCAAUGUUUUGUGGGUAGGUUAUCCUCCCUCUGUGCAGAUUGAUGAACAAAUGCUUCAUAAUGCUAUGAUUCUGUUUGGUGAGAUUGAGAGAAUUAAGAGCUUCCCUUCAAGACACUAUGCCUUUGUAGAGUUCAGGAGUGUGGAGGAAGCUCGGCGUGCAAAAGAGGGCUUACAGGGUCGUUUAUUUAAUGAUCCAAGGAUCACUAUUAUGUUCUCAAGUAGUGAACUUGCACCUGGAAAAGAUUACUCUGGCUUUUAUUCAGGCAUCAAGGGGCCAAGGCCAGACAUGCUCUACAGUGAUCAUCCAUUUAGACCUUCACAAGUGGAGAUGUUUGGUCAAAAUCAUUCAGUAUUACCAAAUUCAGUAUCUGGACCAUUAACACCUGGCAGCAUUCUUGGGUCAAAUGUGUCAAUCAGGCCUUUUAGUCAUCAAGGUAGCUAUGAGCCUCUGCUUUCAGGUUCAGAAUACAACGAUUUAUCUGCACAUCAUAAUAUGCAGGAUGCUGAUCCUAAAACUCUUAUAAGUCCAAAUUGGAGAAGACCUUCUCCUCCUCUCCCUUCUGCCCAAGGUUUUAGGCCUCCAAUGAGACAGGCUUCUGGGUCAUGGGAUGUUUAUGAUGUGAACCAAUUUCAGAGAGAUGCAAAACGUUCAAGGAUAGAGGCUUCAUUGCCUAUUGAUGAUACUUCUUUUCCUUUAAGAAAGAUGGAUGAUCUUGGGCCUGGCUCAGACCACACAUAUGGGCUUGGGCCAGUAAUUGGUGGAGGUGCUUCAGGUCCAUUUGCAACUAUCCAAGGGAAGGGUCGUCUAAGUCCGGUGCCUGGAAAGGUCACUGCUGGUGGACCUGGACUAGCCCGUCCCGAUAAUGAUUACAUGUGGCGUGGCAUUAUUGCUAAGGGUGGAACACCAGUUUGUCAUGCUCGAUGUGUUCCCAUAGGAACAGGGAUAGAGACGGAACUUCCGGAAGUUGUUAACUGUUCAGCCAGAACAGGAUUGGAUAUGCUAGCAAAACACUAUCGUGAGGCCAUUGGAUUUGAUAUUGUUUUCUUCUUACCGGAUAGUGAAGAUGAUUUUGCUUCAUACACUGAAUUCCUCCGCUACCUCGGUUCGAAAAACAGAGCUGGUGUUGCUAAGUUUGAUGAUGGGACAACGUUAUUUUUGGUGCCUCCAUCAGAUUUCUUGACAAAGGUUCUAAAAGUUGUAGGACCUGAACGGCUCUAUGGUGUUGUUCUAAAAUUGCCUCCACAGGUGCCUAGUACUACAACACUGCAACCACAUCUACCUCUUCUUUCUCAGCCUGAUUAUAGUCUUUCACACUUGAAGGAAGAACAGGCUCUACAGAUGGAGUAUGGGAGGGUUUUGCAUGAGGACACCAAACCUCCUGCAAGACCACUUGGGCAAUCUACUAUGCAAAGUCAACCACCCAGUAAUGCUGCAUCACUGUCCCAAACUGGUGUUGCUUUGACACCAGAUUUGAUUGCUACUCUAGCUUCUUUACUCCCGACAACCUCACAGUCUACUGCUGUAGGAGGUGUUCAGCCUCCAUUGGUGACAUCAACUACACAGUCCCCAUUUGCUCAAACCCUUGGACCUAAAGGAGCUUCUGCACAAACUUGGAACCAAGACCAGCAAGCUUCUGAACCUCCACCCCCAUCUUUCCAACAGUUUAAUCCUCCGUUGCAAUUGCCACCAGUUCAGCAUUACUCAUCUAUAUCAAGUACACCCAACCAUUCUGUGCAAACGGCCCUUGGGAGCACUCAGUUUCAGGAGUCUGAAGUUAGCCUGCAACAGCAAGGUGCUGCAUCUUCAAGGCCAUUGACUAAUUUCAAUACUCCUUCUCGAAGUGCACAUGGUGCAGUUUCUGCCCCUAUCAGCCAGCAAUAUCAGCCUGAAGUUCCUUCCAACACACAGAAAGGCUAUGGAAUGAUGCAUGGAGCAGAUGUUUCUGGGUUGUAUGGUGCACCAGCUUUUCAGCAGCCCAGCAAUCCUAAUGUUUUGUCUAAUCAGGUUCAUGGUGCAAAUGUUUCCCAGCCACAAAAUGUCAUGCAAGCUGACAGAAAAAAUUUGGAGCUUCCUAGUCAAGUACCGCAGCUGCAAUCUGUGCUUUCUGGAGCUGGUCAGGGCACAUCAGAUGUGGAGGUUGAUAAGAAUCAGCGAUACCAGUCAACACUGCAAUUUGCUGCAAGCCUUCUCCUCCAGAUUCAGCAGCAGCAAACAAAUACUCCAGGCGGACAAGGGACGGGGAGUCAGCUGUGAAAUCUCCUUCAUGUAGGUAAUAAUUCUUGCCAUAACUUGUUUUCUUGAGUGGAUGCAUGCAAACUGGUUACUUUAGGGAAUGGUCUUGUUUCUUGUGUAUUAUGUGAUGAUAGUUGUUUGUUGACCGAUGUUAUUCCUUCUUUGAGAUGGCCAGCUUAUGCACUCUGUAAAUUAUAUAUAUGAAGUAUCUUGUGGAUUUAGAGCUUAGAAAAAUUGUUUGGGGCAAGUAAUUAAUGGGGUUUGCCAGACCUUUUGCUAUCUUGAAAAAAGCAAAUGGGGCAUCAAUGCCAAAGUAGCGGGUGUUAUUUGAUAUAAGGAGGUGCUUUGAAUUUUUGUUGAACUGUUUCUAGAUAUUAUGGCAUUUUGAAAUUGUUAUGGGGUUGGCUGUGACAAUAAGGAUGUGGGAGUUGAUCUAAUCUGAUUUGUGCAUUUGGAGAGGUUAUUUCGAGGGUGGUUUACUUACAUCAGCCAUAUAUCCUAUUUAUCCCCAUACACUGUUCGCAGUUGAUUCCCUUUUUGGGUGGUCCUUAGGGAUUGUGGUCUCUAAAGUUGAAACUUUCUAGUCUGGCAUUAAGGCUUUUGAUUUGAGUCAGGUUUCUUUUACUUUCAUUUUUGUAGUAUGUUAGUAUGUGGUCAAUAUUGUACCUUUUUAUCCACCAAUCUUCUUAGCCUUCCCUUGUCAGUCAUUUGGCUAUUCUCAAUGCUGUAUUACUGCAGUUUGGUUUUACUACCUCUUGGAUUAUGAAGGAUGAUGAUUAUUUAAUAGUUCAAGCUAGGAUGAAGUGGUUUGAUCUGAGGCAAGAAUUUUUGGUCAUUUCUUAUGUUGGUCAAAAGAUUUUUUCCAUGAAUUGAGGAUAGUGAUGAUUGGUGUCUAUUUUUGAAGUGAUGUCUUGGAAAAUGUUUAAAUACUUAUGCAGUAGACUAAGUUGCAAGUUUCAUGGUGCAAUCAAUAGGUUCCAGAUUGAUCUAGUCUAUGGAAUUGCUGGAUAGUUAAACAUUUAAUUGGUGCAUUUUUGGAGUGGCUGUUUAGUUGGGCUGGAUCCUGAUUUAUCAAAUAUGUAGAGUUUUCUUUGCUGAGAUUAUGAGAGGUACCUAGCUGAAGUUAUGGAGGUUGCUGUGUGUUCAUUUGACACUUCUUUCUAGUGCUUAUAGGUAGGCAGAUUUUUCUUUGAUAAAAUUAUAUAUAUAUAGUUGGUUCUCUAAAUAAUUAUGAUCCUUAUUGAAUCUGAGUACAUUUUGUGUUGACAUGCCUUCUGCAUGUUAUGAUUGAUGUCUGAUAACUUUUUCCUCUCUGGUUUUGAUGCAUGGAGAUGAUUUCUUCUGGUGCAGUAAUUGAUUGUUUUUGGCAUAAGUUUUAAUUUUCACUCCUAAGGUUUUAUAUCUGGCUGUUUAAUCUUCCUUAUUGAUGUUAUUACAGUAUGCAUAUGUUUUUUCCUCUAAGUGGCUAUGAUAUCUUAGUUGUUUUAUUCUUUUGUUUGCAAGCAUUGUUACUGUGUAUUUAUUUUUUCAUCUAUAUUAUUAUCUUACUGUUGCAUAGAUUUUGAAGCUUUUUGUUGCCUGAGUUUGCACUUUGCACUAGACAAUAGGAUAAGCCUUUCUUAGACUUCUUAAAAUGUAAAUAUUAUGGGAUUCAAAUAUGUAAUUUUACUUUGUAAAAAUGUUUUUUCUAAA